AUGAUGAAAGGUGUUCCUAAGACGUUGCUUGUAAGUGUGGCCUUGUUGGCUUGGGCAUGCUCCCUUGCCUUUGCCUAUGACCCCAGUCCUCUCCAAGACUUCUGUAUUGCCAUUAACGAUACUUCUUCUGAUCAUGCAGUAUUUGUUAAUGGAAAGUUUUGCAAGGACCCUAAGCUUGCUACGGCCAAUGAUUUCUUCUUCUCCGGACUAAACACACCGAGAGACACCUCAAAUCCACUUGGAUCAAAUGUCACUCUCCUUAAUGUCGACAAAAUACUAGGCCUUAACACCUUAGGCAUAUCCUUGGCUCGCAUUGACUUUGCCCCGUAUGGCCUAAAUCCUCCUCACAUUCACCCUCGUGGAACUGAGAUUCUUGUAGUCCAAGAGGGUACUCUAUUAGUUGGCUUCGUCACAUCCAACCCAGACAACCGCCUAUUCUCCAAAGUUCUAAAUGCAGGAGACGUCUUUGUCUUCCCAAUUGGUCUCAUUCACUUCCAAUUUAAUGUAGGGAAAACCAAUGCUGUUGCUUUUGCCGGUCUCAGCAGCCAGAAUCCUGGGCUCAUCACCAUAGCAAAUGCUGUCUUUGGAUCUAAUCCUCCCAUCAAUCCAAAUGUUCUCGCCAAGGCCUUCCAACUCGACAGGAAUGUGGUCAAUUAUCUUCAGAAAAAAUUCUAAUGGAAAAAUAAUUAGAGAAAUAUUUGUAAUAGCCAAUAAUGAAUCAUUAGAUGGUUGGGAUCAAGUUUGUCAUUAUUUAAUU